AUGAGCCGUGCUACUAAAGCUGGUGGUGCUACGUGCACUGGAGGUCCUCCUGCUGCUAGAGCUGCUGGGGGUGCUCGUACUGGAGGUACGGGAGCUGCUGGGUCUGGUGGUGCCGCUGCUGCUGAAGCUGCUCGUGGUCCUGCUAGUGCUGGAGCUGCUGGAGGUGCUGCUGGCGCUGCUGGUGGCCCUGCUGGAGUUGGAGCUACCGCUGGUGCUGCAGCUGCUGGAGGUGUUGCUGGAGCUGCGGGUGGUGCUACUGGAGCUGCUGGAGCUGCUGGUGGUGCUGCUGGAGUUGGAGCUGGCGUUGGGGGUGCUGGUGCUGUUCCUGCUGGUUCUGGGGGUGCUGGGCGGCCGCGGCCGUACUUCGUUCCGCUCCUUGAGCAGGUUCUUGGUCUCCCGCCUUCUACUAGUCCUGCUCCUUCCUUAGAGUGUCCACAGCCUGUCCAGCCCGUAUCACAGUUACAGCCGGCCUCCCCACUACCUGCUCCUUCUCCGUACACCGGUCCGACUGGAGGUCUUGCUGAGCGUCAUGAGCCUGCGACUCGUCAUGCGUCGCCUGUUUGUGCUGCUUGCACUAGUCGUCGUGGUUCGCGUCAACGUCCUCCUCCUGUCCCUGGCACGCACCGGAUGACGCUGCGUCCUUCCACUGCUCCGCAGCGUGUCCCUCUGAUGUCUCCUCUUGAGUCCUCUCUUCCUGCCCUUGCUGACCCGAAGUCUAACUCCCUUCGUGCUGCUCAUCCUACUGUCAUGCGUCUCCUUGCCAGUGUUGUCACUGACCCUUCUUUUGAGUCUGCUGCUGCGUCUGCUCUUGUUGCUGAGCUUGUCGACUUUGCUACUCGUUGUCGUCUAGACUACGCUGCUAGACUUGUUGCUGAAUCUGAGACUGUCUGUCCUCCGUCCGUCGGGGGUGAGUGUGCUCUUGGCACGGACACCCUUGAGGACAAGCAGGAGGAGUUCCAGUGUUUGGCUGCUGCUUCACCUCAUCUCGUGUCCAUGCUGCUUACCCCUGAGGGAGACCCGGAUGCAUUAGACAUCCCGACUCCGCGCUCUUACGCAGAGGCGGUUGAGGAUCCCUACUCCUCUCAGUGGCAGGCAGCUAUGGACGCAGAGAUGGCUUCCUGGAAGUCCACAGGCACCUACAUCGACAAGGUUUCCCCACCUGGGGCGAACAUUGUCGAUGGCAUAUGGAUCUUCAGGGUGAAGCGGCCGCCGGGUUCUCCGCCUGUCUUCAAGGCGCGUUACGUGGCUCGUGGCUUCAGUCAGCGGCAGGGAGUUGACUACUUUCAUACCUUCUCUCCCACCCCGAAGAUGACCACUCUUUGGGUACUACUUCACGUCGCUGCUCAGCAUGACUACGAGCUUCACUCUCUUGACUUGCACGAGGAGAUUUGGCUACGUCGCCCACCUGGCUUCACUGGGUCGUUUCCUCCUGGUACCCAGUGGAGCCUCCAGCGGCCAGUCUACGGCCUCCGCCAGGCACCUCGUUGUCAGAACAUCAUAGCUUAUUUAUUUGUGUAG